GACGCUUUCGGCCGUCCAACCCGGGUCGAAUUGAAAGGAACGAAACAUUCUUUCGAUCGAUCGAACCACGUAAGGAGCGCAUCCAACUACAUGGGCCAAACAGAAAAGGACCUGAAAAUCGAACCCGAAAGUGCCAACCAUACGCUCGAUACGUCUGCAUGGCCGCUUCUGCUAAAGAAUUAUGACAAGUUGAUGGUACGAACUGGUCACUACACUCCAAUUCCGUGUGGAAGCUCUCCACUGCGACGACCACUGGCAGAGUAUCUACGUUACGGGGUCAUCAAUUUAGACAAGCCCGCCAAUCCUUCUUCGCAUGAGGUAGUUGCAUGGUUGAAGCGCAUCCUAAGGGUUGAAAAAACUGGACAUAGUGGUACACUCGACCCAAAAGUUACUGGUUCACUCAUUGUCUGCAUUGAUCGUGCCACGCGCCUGGUAAAGUCUCAACAGGGUGCAGGCAAGGAGUACGUGUGCGUUUGUCGAUUGCAUUCAGCGCCGACAGGUGGUAAGAGUGCUGUUGAACGCGGUAUUGAAACUCUUACCGGCGCACUUUUUCAACGGCCACCGUUAAUUUCAGCUGUCAAAAGACAGUUGCGCAUUCGAACUAUCUAUGAUAGUAAACUUCAUGAGUUUGAUGAGGCCAGGAAUCUUGUUGUUUUCUGGGUAUCAUGUGAAGCAGGCACUUACGUUCGUACUUUAUGUGUGCAUCUUGGAUUACUAUUGGGAGUUGGUGGUCACAUGCAAGAGUUACGCCGAGUUCGCUCUGGAAUCUGCUCAGAGUCAAAGAACCUCGCGACCAUGCACGACGUGCUAGAUGCUAUGUGGGUGUGUGACAACUUGAAAGAUGAUCAUUACAUUAGACGCGUUGUUAUGCCGCUCGAGGUUUUGUUGACGAACUACAAGCGGGUUGUUGUGAAGGACUCCGCCAUAAAUGCAAUUUGUUACGGUGCCAAGCUCAUGAUUCCUGGUUUAUUAAGAUAUGAAGCUGGCAUCGAGGUUGGGGAUGAGUGCGUUCUGAUGACAACGAAGGGCGAAGCUAUCGCAAUCGGCAUAGCUGAAAUGACAACUGCUGUUAUGGCGACUUGCGACCAUGGCAGCGUUGCUAAGGUCAAGCGAGUGGUAAUGGAAAGAGACACUUAUCCAAGACGUUGGGGUCUGGGUCCCAACGCGCAGAAUAAGAAACAAACAAGCACCGAUAAAUCACAGAAAUUAGGAGCGUCGAUUAUUGCAUCCGACGGCGCAAAUACGGGAAAAGAGAUGAUAAAGGAGAAGAAAGAGAAGAAAGAGAAGAAAGAGAAGAAAGAGAAGAAGAGAAAGCUGGACGAAUAAUUGCUGACAGUUUUGCAGUUUUUUUGAUCCGAUCGAGUGUACAAAUCACACUG